AUGGUGUUGACCAAGAUACAGGUGAAGAGUCUUGCAUUCGUGCACUAUCAACACUCUGACCUUGAAAAUGCUUUGAAUUUUUUCAAAGACUUUGGUUUAGUCGAAGAGGACCGACAGGCAACUCGAGCCUUCCUGAGAGGGAAUGGCACCCAGCCGUACGUCUACCUCGCAGAGCAAUCGCCAGAUGAUAGCCGGCAUUUUAUUGGAGCUUAUUGGAACGCGUGCACCGCCAAAGACUUGGAAAAUGCAACGACCCUACCAGGCGCCACAGCAAUACAGGACCUUGAUGGCCCUGGGGGCGGUAAAGUUGUCAGAGUAAAGGAUCCACAUGGCUUCGUCGUUGGGUUUCUACACGGACAAACUCUCAGAACCUCUCAAGACGACUCACUUCAGCUUGAACUAGCCACCAGUGAUGCUCGUCCCAACACAGCUACUGAGAAACUCCGAGAAGGACCGACUCGCAGAUUCAAACAGGGUCCAAGUCCAGUUCACAAACUCGGCCACUUCGGCAUUGGCGUUCCAAAAGCAAGAUAUCAAGAGACGAUGAAUUGGUACACUUCUGUUCUCAAUUUGAAGCCAACGGAUGCGAUUUUCGAUCCAAAAACAGAUGAGGAGAUCACCUGUUUCACUCACAUCGAUCUAGGGGAGGAAUAUACCGAUCAUCAUGCCUUCUUUGUCGGUUCAUCUGCGACUUCGACUGUGGCAUAUCCACAUCACUGCAGCUUCGAGGUCAAUGACUUUGAUACACAGAUCCUAGGCCACGACUGGCUUAGAUCAAAGGGCUGGACGAAUUGCUGGGGGAUUGGAAGACAUGUUCUUGGGAGUCAGAUAUUUGACUAUUGGUUUGAUGCGUCGGGAAAUGUGGUCGAGCAUUAUUCAGAUGGAGAUCUGGUCAAUCGGGACUCCCCGUUUCACAGAGAACCUGCAGGACCGAACUCGCUCUACAUUUGGGGACCAAAUCUUCCACUCGCAUUCCUAUCUGGAAAACUCGAGGAUGUUGGAAAGGUGGCUAAGGCCCCUCCCGAUGUUGUGGCAGCAAAACCCGCAGUGUUUGAGAACAAGCCACUUGAGAAAGCAUGA